AUACGGAAGCUCACUCCAGGGUUCCCUGGCGUAUAGGCAACAGUGCGAUUCGGAGGAUGGAGAGUCAUCUUUCCUCUGAAGAGCAUUAGUGCAACAUGGCUGAGCCCAGCCCCACUUCCUGGGUGGCAGAUGUCAUCAUCGCCUUCCUGUGUGGGCUGGGACUCUUCCUGCUGUUACUUCCCUGCUUUAAGAGCAAUCCUUCCUUAGCGCCACCUCAGAAAAGUAGGAUCGUCAGGAAGUGCCAAAUGGAGAUGAGGGUGAGGAGAAGGAGUAGGAAGAAGAGUGGUGCCCUGAAAGCAUAUCAAGAUUGCUUCAAAGAACUGGACGGGGCUCGCAGCCUGAUUACACUUUUGGAAAGCCACCUGGGGAAGCUCCCUGAUGAGGGAAGCUCUCAUCAGCUCUUCUAUCAAGACCCCCCUGCUGAAGUGUACAGAAGAGCACCUGCUGCAGUGCCUCAGCCGCAAGAUCAGCAAGUGGAAGGUGCUGCUCCAGUUUCUCCAACUCCAGCGACUGAGGGCCCUCCACCUCUGGCCCCUGCCUCUUCCUCAGGCCUGACAACCUUCCCAGCUUCUGUUGGUCCCCAUUCAUCCCUGACUGCCUCUCAGCCCCCACAGCCUUUCCUUCCCCUAAAAAGCCUCCCAUGCCGGCCACAUGCACCCUCCCUUCCCUCACUCAGCCCUCCUAAUUCAGUGGCUUUCCGUCAGCCUCCCACAGCCUUCUCUUCUCCACCACUAUCAUACUCCACUCUGACUACUCAACAUGACUCAAUGGCCCUUCCACUGUCAGCUUCUCACAUUGCAGCCCUCUCAAGCCGUGGCCACUCAAGUUGUCCUAUUUCUGGCCUCUCUUGGUGGCAGGUGGCUGCUAAAACCUUGUGUCACUCCACCUCAUCAGUCCACAGGUCUCAGCAAGGGCAUCCUUCUUGCCACCCAUCAGAGGUCUCGUUCUGGGGAGACCCCACAGACAGGCAGAUGGAAGCUAGUAGCCUCACUAUGCUCAGCUCUGAUGACCAGAAACUCCUAGAGAUACAAAUCACAAAGAGAGUGCAGAUCAAGAAUUGGAAAGAAGAAGAAAAAUGUGGACCAUCUCCAGAACAAAUGAGCCCAGAAUACCACUUGAAUUCUUUGGGGAAUGUGUUAAAAUCAGUGGGUAUUGAGCAGGACACCACAACCUCCCAAACUUUUUGGAGCAUGAAAGAUAAACCAGAACAGCUGCUCAGUCACCAGCAGCUUUCAUAUCCCAUGUUCUUGGGGGAUCAUUUUCAACACAAAUAUAAGCAGCUUUUCUGGGGUCUCCCUUCUCUGCAUAGUGAAUCCCUGGUGGCUACUGCUUGGAUCUCUGAUGGUUCUUCCAGAUUGAAAUCUCCCGCAUCUUUAUUUAAUGGAAUCUCAAAUGUCUGCCCAGUUCCAAUGAAGGCUAACACAUCUCCAUUGUUUUCCCAGGCACAGUCCCUGUCCCUUCUGGGGCUCCAAUCCCAACCUUUGAAUCCAUCCAUACACCAAUUCCAGCCUUCACCUCUGGACACCAUGGGAAUGGAGAAAGUUCAAGUUCAGACUCAGACCCAUCUCCAUUCUUCUCUCUUAAACCUACUACCUUCUUCUCCACCCAAGAUUAGGGACUGUAAGCCACAAUCUCUCAUUCCAACUGAAAUUCAACACCCAGAAUUGCCCUUGUUGAGGAAACAACUAGAAAGUGAGUGGGAUUUACCCUCUGUGACCCAAAGUUCUCAAAAAGUGUUUAGUCCCUUCACUCCCAACCUUUCCCAGGACAGUUGGGUUGUCUCUAUCCUUCCCGAGAAUUUUCCAAUCAGCCCUGCACUCCGGGAACAGUUGGAACAACACAUUCAAAAGUGGCUCAUUCAACACCAGUGGGACCUGCCCCACAGGAUCCAAGAGUCGACUCAGGACAAGUUACUAGAGACAUGUCAGGCAAAGCAUAAGCCUGAAUCCUCACACUCCUUCAUGUCUACACGUGAAUGCAAGCAGGUACCGAAGGUG